GCGCUCAGAGGCGGGCCUUGUGGAUGCAUGACUGGAGUUUCCCUUGCGGUCUGAAGAUUAAUGGAAGGGGUCUGUUGAUCUUAGGAAUCGACUGUCAGAUGGUCGGUCCUAGGCAAAAAUAUCUCGUUUGACGACUACUGCAGGGCGGAUGGAGAAACAGCCAUUUGGAUUAAGCAAAAGUGAAUGAGGCGGGACCGUGCGGCUGUUGUUUUGAAAUCCAGGUUUCAACUAAAGGCCUGCCUGCACUGAGAUAGCACCUGGCUAAAUCAGGCCAGAGAACAACUACGAGGACGCUACGAGCUAACGCUAGCAGCUCGCUACAAAGACGGAAAUCAGCUCUCCCCAAACCCUACUUUGAAGCAUACCCUGGACGCACACCACACGGAGGGAGUUAAUGCUAAUUUACUGACUUUUUACGCCAGCGAUUUUUGUUUGGCUUUUGUGAAGCUAAAUCUUUCAAGUUUAUAUUCACAUUUAUAGGUAGCUAUCGUGCUAACUAGCAGGCUAGCCAAUAUCCUUCGUGUUAGCUAAGGACUUCUUGUAUUAGUGGGAUUUUCUACACAAGCAAAGGCAAAGUACAACAGCACGUAUUCACUCGUUAGUUAAUAAUGAUAGCUGUUAGCUAGUAGCUUGUCAACUUUUGUGAUCAAAAGGCUACGAUAGCUGGCGUUGCAGCAUCACAUAAGGACUUGUAAAGAACUGAAGCCGAACCCGGGGACCCAGCCACCAGACUGCCAUCAUGGGCAACACGCCCACCGCAAAGAAAGGCAAUGAGAUGGAGAGCGUGAAGGAGUUUCUUGCCAAAGCCAAAGAGGAUUUCCUUAAAAAAUGGGAAAAUCCAGCUCAGCAAACGGCAGCAUUGGACCACUUUGAGCGCCUGAAGACCUUAGGGACCGGGUCAUUUGGUCGAGUCAUGCUGGUCAAACACAAAGAAACAGGCCAGCAUUUUGCCAUGAAGAUACUUGACAAACAGAAGGUAGUGAAGCUGAAGCAGAUAGAGCACACACUGAAUGAGAAGCGCAUCCUACAGGCCGUCAGCUUUCCUUUCCUUGUGCGACUGGAACACUCGUUUAAGGACAACAGUAAUCUAUACAUGAUAAUGGAGUAUGUCCCUGGAGGUGAAAUGUUCUCACACUUACGGAGAAUUGGUAGAUUCAGUGAACCACACGCCCGCUUCUACGCAGCUCAGAUUGUACUGACCUUUGAAUACCUUCACUCACUGGAUCUCAUUUAUCGAGAUCUAAAGCCCGAGAACUUGCUUAUUGACCAGCAAGGUUAUAUCCAGGUAACAGAUUUUGGAUUUGCCAAAAGAGUGAAAGGCAGAACCUGGACACUUUGUGGGACGCCCGAGUACCUGGCCCCAGAGAUUAUCCUCAGUAAAGGUUACAAUAAAGCUGUGGACUGGUGGGCUCUGGGAGUGCUAAUCUAUGAAAUGGCAGCUGGUUAUCCUCCUUUCUUUGCGGACCAGCCUAUUCAGAUCUAUGAGAAGAUAGUAUCAGGAAAGGUUCGUUUCCCGUCCCACUUCAGCUCAGACCUUAAAGACAUGCUGAGAAACCUGCUCCAGGUGGACCUGACCAAGCGCUUCGGAAACCUCAGGAACGGAGUCAAUGAUAUCAAGGGCCACAAGUGGUUUGCCACCACUGACUGGAUUGCCAUCUACCAGAGGAAGGUGGAAGCUCCCUUUAUCCCUAAGUGCAAAGGGCCUGGCGACACAAGCAACUUUGACGACUACGAGGAAGAGGAAAUCCGAGUCUCCUUCACAGAAAAAUGUGCUAAGGAGUUUGCUGAGUUCUAGGUCCAAACCGUGAGCAGUGGAGAGCUACUAAGACACAGAGAUUUAGAAAGGGUACGGGGGCGGGAAGUGCUAGUGUGGACUGCUAACUUGCUUAUUUGUGAUGACGACAACAAUGUAAACCCCCCCCUGGAGGCUAAGUGCAGAAAGAUCUAACAGAACCAGCAGUGUUGCCUUUUCUAAUUGUUUCACAACUGUUACCUAUUCAUUUUAUUUAUCCCUCUUGUAUUUGUGGCAGGGGCUUGACGAAGACGGGCGUAGUGGGUCGUGGAUGUUCAGUAUCUCUCUGAUGGUGUAAUGACAUGUCUUGAGUUUAUUCGCAGGUUGGGGGCUUUGAUUUUUGUAUUAAGGUACUGGAUCUGCGACGCUGCUGUGUUUGUGAACGGGCUACUCCUCUCUUUACAAAAUAAAGUGAUUGAUUGUCAGCAUUUUCACCUCUGUUACCCCUUGUCCAUCUCCUCCAUCCACAAUCUGUCCAAGCAAUACCAAGUCCAACAGAUGUGCCUAUUGCUAUGCCUCCUCGUUGGAAAAAAAAAAACGUGUGGGGAGAGAUUUGGUGCAGUUUUGGCUACUUUUGGAUUCAGUUUGACCAGGGAUUUGCACCUGCCUUUAUCUGCUCGAUGUGGCAUGGUUUUUGGGUAGAUGACAUGCUCACUACUUACUAUGGAGUGAAGGUGAGGGUCUAUCAGUUAAUUUUGAAUAGGUCUUAAUCCUAUAUGCGAUGUUGAGGUCUGCAUUAAGUCUCUUAGCUGAAUUUAUUAGAGAAUUUUAAAAUCCUAUUGGUGAUCAUUUCGUCAUUUUAUGUCAAAUCUCUAUGUGCUCGUGUGUUAUUUAGUGCUCAAGGGUGGGGUCAUCAAAGGUGAAAUGGCUGAGAUUCUGCAGCCAUGAAUAUUGUGGUCACACUCCUGAAAAUUGUUUAUUUAUCAUAGUACAUUUAUACAUGUAUAUUGAAAAAUAUAUAUAUGAUAGAUUACAUUAAAAAUCAUCUAUCUUUUCAGCUUUGUCUCAUGGCUGUUGAAAUUUAAUUAAGAUAUAAUGAAAAAGUUGUUAUAAAAUUCUGCCAAAUUUGCAAAAGAAGAGCAGUUUUCUGUGUGGAGAAUUUUAAUACAUAAUAAGUAGCAAAAUGUUUCAACAAAAUGUAUGUGUUAUUUUUGUACAAUAUCAUCUUCAAGAAAGAUUGCAAAGCAUUUUGCUUUAUAGUGCUGAGGUACCCAGGGUUGUCCAAAAACAUCAUAAAUACACUGUAAAUGUUAAGAUUGUUUUGGCUUUGGUCAUUACCCAAAAGAGGGCAACAAUUUGCUGACAUUUGUCACAAUUACAGAGCUUGCUUUAUUUUGUCUUUUUGUAAAUAUCCUCUUGCAACAACUUCAGAUUUACAACCCAACCAAAUUGUUUGAUUUGUUAUUGUUUAUUGUUAAAUAUAAACUGACCGAGAAAAGUCCCCCUUUUGACAAGUUGAUUUUCGUGAGUGCAAGACAAUCGCAGACCAAAUCUUGAGGCUGGUUUGUUGACUGAAAUGUUUUGAUGAAGGAUACUUUGGUCCCCCUCCUCUUUGUAGGCCCUAGGUGCUAUACUUUGUCCAUUUCAUGUUGAUGCUUUUUGUCAGUUAUUUGGUGUGCAUUGUUCCUUGUCAUAAUGUCUUGUAACAUGACAAUUUUGAGAAUGUUUUGAGUCAAAAUGAUUUCAUUUGGGUGGGUACAUCUUAUUUUUCUCGUCUCUCGAUGUAACCUAGGUCAAUGCCGGGAUACUUAUUUUGAAUGUCUUAAAUCAUCUACAGAUUUUAGUGCUGUUUUGAAUCAUAUUUCUGAAAUUAAGCAACCCAACUAACUGCAAGCACGACUCUCCCUGGGCACAACAAAUUGAUGUUUCCGCAGCACGCACUGGCAGCGCUGUGCAACCUUUGAUUUGUCUGAGUGUUACAUAAAACAGUGGACUGCCAUCAACUUGUGUGGUCAUUUGCAAAUGGUAAAGCACAUGUCACAGUUUUAAUUUAUUUUGAAUCUAAACAAAGUAUACCGCUUGACAAAAAGCACAUGUAUGUUUUUGUUUCAGCAAAUGAUUCAAUCACAGUUGGUGGUAAUGAGCCUUGAUCCACACCAGACAAUGUUAUAUUGUCGAUUUAAAAACAAGUCUGUAAAUUCUCUUUUAAUCAGUUAAAACACUAUCAGCUGCUCUGUGCUUGUCUCCUGUUUUUGCCUUCUUCAAUCAUGUUUUCACACACUGUUCAUUAAAACAUAACACUUUUUACAUCUGAAAUGUUUUGUGUUUAUAUUUUCUAAUUGUAUUUUCAGAAAAAGGACAAAAAUCUGCAAAAACACAACAUUAAUCUUUUCCUCAUUACCUGGGUACAGUGAUUGUGUAGUCUAUUGUACCUUUUGGGAAACAAUACUGUAUAUCCUUGCCUUUGACAGUCUUAACUAUCUUACCCUCUGGAGAACUUGACAAUAUCCUUAGAACACAACGAGUAUGUCAAAAAUAUAAAGUAAUAUUUUGCAAAAUGUAUCAUUCCAAUAAAGUUUUACUUGUUAAAGACUAA